AAAAACGUGCAUCUUAUUUAAAUAUACUUUGUAAUAUAUUAAACAAUUUAAUGUAUCAUGAUGAAUUUAACAGAUAACGAACGAGAUUUAUUGAAAAAUACGUGGGAAUUGUUUAAGGAGGAGCCGGAUAAUGGACGGGCAAUAUUGGAAAGAUUAGUCGAAAAAUAUCCAAAAUACGUGAAAUGGUUUCCAGAAAAGGACAUGGAUAAGCUAACCAAAAUGCAUGUGAAGUCAUUCACCAAGGUGAUCAACUUCAUCGAUACGAAUAAGAAAAUGUACGACAAACAAGUGGACAAGAUCAUUCGCAAACACAAAAAGGAGGAUGUCAAAAUUGACAUGUUUGACGAUUUUAGCGAGGUACUAAUUGAGGUGUUAAAAGAGAAAAUACACCCUGAUGAUCUUACGGAUGAGGCUAUUGCAGCGUGGCGUAAAUUGUGUCAAAUUAUUAUUGUUCAUGUGGGACCUGGGUUAUAA